CACCACGCAAGGAGACAAUUUAUGGUCUAUGAAGCGACUUUGAAGGAUGACCUCAGUGCCCAAGAUGUUGUUUGUGUUUCUUGUCAACGGACAAUACGUUGGUUGGAGAAUUUUGGGGUGGGGCGGAGACCACGGACGUGAUGAGGUCACAGGUGGGCUACAGCAUAUAAGCCCAAGGUGGGAAAACCUCUGGAGAUACGCAACGGCACGCAGGGAACUCCAGACACACCAAAGGUUGGGUGCAAAUAAUGGGGAAGCUGGGCUGGUGCUGCCUUUUGCUCUUCAGCCUCUGUGGCCAGCUGUGGGCCGUACCCCGGACCAGCGAGGAGCUUUCUGCUUGGGCCCCAGUCAACAAUGAAGAGGCCAAGCUAAGCCUGGAUCCUUUGACCAGCAGAAGAUCCUUCCAGCAAAUCUUAACCAGGAUACUAGGAGCACAGACAGAGGACAAUUCGAGCAAAGCAGAUCUUGGUCCCCCCCGCUUCAGUCCCAGGGAAUCGGUUGAGGAGGCACCGGUUGAAAGCUUUUCCCGGAACAUGCUGUUAAGACGCUUAUGGGAAUCUGCCAGGAAGCAGUACAAGGAACGCAGGAAUCUCUCCCAAUGCUUUUGGAAAUAUUGCGUGUGACCGGCUGGGAUCCCUCUUGCUUCCAGGUGCCCUUAGUCCCUCGCCCUAUAAUUUAUGAUGUGAUCAAGCAAUAGACUAGAUUCCUGCAUAUCGUUUCUGAAAAUGCACACGUCAUGAAAAUAAAGACAUACUGAAGAUGAAACUCCUAUGUUACUUGCAUGGGAUUUAAUAAAUCUGUUAGAAAUUCUGUAUAUAGCCCUAUAGAACGGACAGUGCACAGUCCCCAUGUGCU